AUGAAGGUCGCUACCGUCUUCCUCCUCUUCUCUUCCGUCCUGGCCGGCGCUCUAGCCGAACCAAUGCCAGCCAAGCUUGCAACAAAGCUACCAGAGCUCAUUCCUUCUGGUCUCGAGGGCUCUAGGCUGUCUCAGCGAGAUGUCUCCUGCCCGUCGAACUAUCCUUGGCUAUGUGACGGGUUUUGCUGCCCGUACGACUUUUGCUGCACGAGACAAUGCUGUGCUCCUGGAACCGACUACUGUAGCAACGGCCUGUGCUAUCGCAGUGGCUAG